GAUUAAUGGCGCCGCGGGUACGGGGCUGUUGUCCGGCGGGGGGCGCCGCGCCGUUGCUUCCUGCCCCGGUUCCCCUCGGCACCGUCCCGCUGCCUGGGUCCGGCCCCUUACGGGGGCGGGGCGACGCCGUGCACUGAGGCCCAGGGCCCUUCCGUGACCGCCUGGCCCGGUCCCUGCCCCUGCCCCUGCCUCCGCCCGGAGCCGCCUGCCCCUCGCGCGGCCCUGGUGCUGCCCGCACAGACCGGCCCGGCCCGGCCCCGAGCCCCCGGGGCGGAGCACUCAUCGCCCGCGCCGCGUGUCUCGGCAGCUCGGCGCCGGCAGGAUGUGGCACGAGGCGCGGAAGCACGAGCGCAAGCUGCGCGGGAUGAUGGUGGACUACAAGAAGCGCGCGGAGCGGCGGCGCGAGUACUACGAGAAGAUCAAAAAGGACCCGGCGCAGUUCCUGCAGGUUCACGGCCGGGCCUGCAAGGUGCACUUGGAUUCUGCGGUGGCUUUGGCAGCGGAGAGUCCUGUCAACAUGAUGCCUUGGCAGGGGGACACAAACAACAUGAUCGACCGAUUUGACGUGCGUGCUCACCUGGAUUAUAUCCCCAUGUACACCCCGCCACUGCUGAACCCAAUCUCCCCCGAGCAGGAGUCAGAUGAGAGGAAAUGUAACUACGAACGCUACCGUGGCCUGGUGCAGAACGACUUCGCUGGCAUCUCAGAGGAGCAGUGCUUGUACCAGAUCUACAUUGAUGAACUCUACGGCGGACUCCAGAAGCCCAAUGAAGACGAGAAGAAGAAGCUGGCAGAGAAGAAGGCCUCUAUUGGCUACACGUACGAGGACAGCACAGUGGCCGAGCUAGAGAACUCCUUGGAGAAGCGGGGGGAUGAGGAGGACUCGGAGGAGGACAGCAACACGGACGAAGACGAGGUCAUCCCCGACAUUGAUGUGGAAGUGGAUGUGGACGAGUUGAAUCAAGAGCAGGUGGCUGACCUGAACAAGCAGGCAACCACGUACGGCAUGGCCGAGGGGGACUUCGUCAGGAUGCUGCGCAAGGACAAGGAGGAGGCAGAAGCCAUCAAACACGCCAAGGCCCUGGAGGAGGAGAAGGCUAUGUACUCGGGCCGUCGCUCUCGCCGCCAGAGGAGGGAGUUCCGGGAGAAGCGGUUAAAGGGAAGGAAGAUCAGCCCUCCCAGCUACGCACGGAGGGACAGCCCCACCUAUGACCCCUACAAGCGGUCGCCCUCAGAAUCCAGCUCGGAGUCCCGCUCCCGGUCCCGCUCACCCUCCCCGGGCCAGGAGGAGAAGAUCACGUUCAUCACCAGCUUCGGGGGCAGCGACGAGGAGGCGGCGUCUGCACAGGCCGGUGGUGCCCCCGGGAAGGCAGCCCCCCCCGGCAGACAGCGUGCCAGCCAAGCGCAGCCGGGUGGCGCUGCGGCAGGUCAUAGCGCCUCCUCCCGGAGGCGCUCAUCCUCAUCCUCGUCCUCUCCAUCCUCGACCUCCUCCUCCAGUUCACGCUCCAGCUCCCGCUCACGCCGCGGGGGCCACUACCGCUCCAGCCGCUAUGGCCGGUCCCACAGCCGGCGCUACUCACGGUCCCGCAGUCGCAGCCACAGCCGCAGCCGGCGUUACUCUGGGGGGGGCUCGCGGGACAGCCGUCGCCGCUCCCGCUCCUACUCCCCUGACCGGGGCCGCCGCUACAGCUCCCGGCGUCGGUCCAGGAGCCAUUCCCGGUCCGGGGAGCGCUAUCGCCGGGGCAGCCGGAUGGGCAGGCACUGGAGCAGCAGCCGCAGCAGCCAUAGUCCCAGUGACUCGCGCAGUCGCAGCAAGUCGGUGUCUCCGCCACGAGAGAAACCGCUGCGGCCUGCAGCGUCGCCGGCCGUGGGGGAGAAGCUGAAAAACUCCUUGUUCCCCUCCAGGGCCGACGCUGCUGCCGGUAAAGAGACAGGAGCUGCCAAACCCAAGCUAACCCCGCAGGAGAAGCUGAAACUCCGUAUGCAGAAGGCGCUUAACAGGCAGUUUAAAGCUGACAAGAAGGCAGCACAGGAGAAGAUGCUACAGCAGGAGCACGAAAGGCAGGAGCGAGAGGACGAGCUGCGUGCCAUGGCACGGAAGAUACGGAUGAAGGAGAGGGAGCGGCGGGAGAAGGAGCGGGAGGAAUGGGAGAGGCAGUACAGCCGGCAGAGCCGCUCCCCCUCACCGCGAUACAGUCGGGAAUACAGCUCCUCCAGGAGGCGGUCCCGGUCUCGGUCCCGGUCCCGAUCCCGGUCACGUUCCCGCAGUCCGCACUACCGCCACUAGCAUCAGCCCUGCUGGGUGGAGCUCUGCAUCACCAUCCUGCUUCCUAGAUGCCAUUCCUCAAUGAAGCAGAACCCUCUGUUCCACGAGCAGCCUGAAGCCUGCGUGGGCAGCAGCCGCAGCUCCUUGACCUCCAGGUGUGGGCGAGAGGGUCUUUGCUUCUACCCUGUGGUAUUCCAUGGGACUAGAAGCAAGCGGCUCCUGAAAGACAAGGGCCAUGUGCCCCAGCUGAGCUGCCCAGCCCCAGGGGCAAGGCCUGUUCUGCCUUUCCUCCACCUUGCUGUGCCCUGCUCUUGUUCCAGGCAGUGAGAGCCUGGCUGCCCUCCAGGUCGUACCUUCCUCUGCACAGGCCUGGCUGUACCUUGGUACCUUUUGGGCCCUGUGAUUGUAGAGCUGCUCUGAGAGUCUAGGCUUCCUGGUCUGUGCUCUCAGCCUCAGGCUGUUGGCCCCGUGCCUCUGUCCAGGUCAGUGCAGGCCCCUGGACUGGAUGGUAGCCUGUAACUGGGUGCCUUGCUCCUGGUGCCCGCUGAGCUCCAGCUGAGGCGUGUGGAGCCUGUUCACUCCACUCUGGACCUUGCUUAGGCCCCAGAUGUGCUGGUCCUGGCCCCUUCCCCUCUUCCCCCCACAGCACAGUACCAGUGGUCCUGGGUGACCUGAAAGGGCAGCGCAGGCCUUGGCCCCAGCCUGGCUCUCCUGUGCUCUGUGUCUGGCUGGGAGAAGAGGGAGAGGCCUGGGCUGUGCUGUGAAGUACAGAAUAAAUGGGAGGAAGUAGAAA